CAAACAUUUCCUGUUUCUCUUCUAAGACAAAUAAGUAAUUAAACAGGAAAAAUGCUUGAAAAGAGGAGGGGAAAGUUGCUUUUUCUGCUCCUUUUCGUUUUCUGAACGCAAUGAAGACAAAGCGGAAGGCCAGGCUUUCCUUAAAAUAGAUCCUGCAGGGAAGCAGAUCCACCUGCCACCGGGAAUUUUCCUCCAACCAGGCUUUGUUUCCGCCCCCUACAGGAGGGAGAGGGAACUGAGUUUGUGCUGCCUAAAAGAAUUGAGAUUUUGCUGCUGAAGAGAGGAGCCGCGUCCAUUGCAGCUUGCAGCUAAGACCUGAAGGACAAAGAUGCUACAGAGCACCAGAAGUGUCAACCACACCUGGAAGCCAAGCAUGGCCCUGGCCGAGGACGCCCUCGAGAUUCCAGCCCUGGGCCGCCCCUUCCAGCUGGGGAUGCUUUACGACUGCCGCAAGGAUAUGCUCAUCCCAGGGUUCACUCUUUGGGAUGACAGCUCUCUUCAGAAGGACCUGAAUGUCAACCUUCAGCCCAAGACAGAAUCAGAAAUCAUUGCUUCCGACAGCCUUGAUGACAAGGCCUCCGCCCUGGACAUCUCAGCCUCCCUCAAGGCCAGUUUCCUGGGAGGGCUGGUUGAAGUGGGGGGGUCAGCCAAGUAUCUUCAGGACACCAAGAAGUCCAAACAACAGGCCAGAGUCACCCUUCAGUACAAAACCAUCACCAGGUGUGAACAGCUGACAAUGAACCACUUAGAAAGGCAGAAUGUCUCCUACCCAGCCGUCUUUGAGCAGGGCACAGCCACCCACGUGGUCACCGCCAUCCUCUAUGGAGCCCAGGCCUUCUUUGUCUUUGACCGAGAAGUUUCUUCAACAGAGAUGGUAAAUAAUAUAGAAGGGACCCUCCAGGCUACACUCACGAAGGAAAUAUCUAUCGGAGGAGAAGCAGAGGUCAAACUGACUGAGGAGGAGAAAGAAAAUGCUCUGAAGUUCAGGUGCAAAUUCCAUGGAGACUUUUCUUUGGAGAGAAAUCCAGUCACUUUCCAAGAUGCCAUCAAAGUUUAUGAAACUCUCCCAAAAAUGUUAGGGGAACAUGUGGAGAAGGCUGUGCCUGUGUGGAGGGGAACCUGGAGGAAGACAAGCUGGAGCUGGAGCAGGAGCAGCUAA